AUGACGGACCACACGGAGGAGCAAGAGCUCGAGCUCGAAGCCCUAGAGGCGCUCUUCACUCGCGAAGGCGAGUUUGAAAAGCUCUCUUCGUCCUCUUUCCGGCUUUCUCUCGUUCCAUGCCAGGAUAACGAAGGCACAAACCACGUCGCAGUCACGCUCAGCGUUCAAUAUUCGGCGACGUACCCUGAUGCGCCUCCGGAGUGGGAAAUCCAAGAAAGCAAAGGCCUCGAUUCUGAGGUUUUGCAGGAAUUCAAGAAGGAGGUCACUGAAGCGAUGGAAAGAGAAGUUGGAGCGCCUAUGAUGUACACCAUUGCGGAAUUCAUCCAAGACUGGCUUCGCGCCCGAAACAAGCCGCAGCAGUCCAUGUACGACCAGAUGAUGAACCGUGAGAACGCGGGGAAGAGCGAGAGCAGCGAGGACGAGGACGAAGACGAAGACAGGGAAGACGAACCGCAGUACACAGGGCUCGGCGAGAAGCAGCUGUGCGCCGCUGCCGAGCGAUGCACGAAGGAGGAGUUUGAACGCUGGGCUGAGCGCUUCCGCCAGGAAAUGAUUGACGCAGGAAUUUGGAAAGGAUCGGCAAUCUCUGGAAGCCGCAAAGGCGUACUGACGGGCAAGCAGCUGUUCGAGAGAGACGCGUCGCUCGCCACAGCAGAUACCAGCAGCGCCGAAGCGGAGGCAGAUGAAGACGAGGAGAGCGCCAAAGCGAAGAACGGCGACGGCGGCGCAGAAAAGCGAAUGUUUUGGACGGAUGAGAGCUUGUUCGACGGUGCAGACGAAGACCUUCCUUCGGACUGA